AGAGAAAAUAAUAUUCAUCCAUUUUCAUCAAGUGCAUGUGUUUCACCGGUUAGCCUCACAGCAUACUCUUACAUACUCCCAGUACCAUAAAGAUGGCAUCCACCGAAGCCGAGACUUCGUCUGUGAAAGUCACAAAGUCUGACGACGGCAUCACCAUCAUCGCCAUCAACAGACAUCACCGCAGAAAUGCCGUUGACGGCCCUACUGCGCGAAAGCUGCACGAAGCCUUUCUAGCCUUCGAAGACGACGCCAGCCAGAAAGUCUGCGUCUUCCACGGCGACCAUGGCUACUUUUGCGCGGGCUUCGAUCUACACGAAGUAGCAAAGUGGAACGGCCCCGGAGACAAUGAGUACCUUGGCCCGAUUGUCGAUGCCUCCCACACCGUGACGGGCGGCCGACAGAUCGGCCCUAUCGGCCCCUCAAGGCUCCAGAUCAAGAAGCCCGUCAUCUGUGCUGUUGCGGGGUACGCCGUUGCUGGAGGCAUGGAGCUUUCUCUUAUUGGCGACAUCCGCGUUGUUGAAGAGGAUGCCGUUUUUGGCAUCUUUUGUCGGCGCUUCGGCGUGCCACUCGUCGAUGGCGGAACGGUCCGGCUUCAGGCCAUUGUUGGCCUCGGUCGGGCCUUAGAUCUGAUUCUCACCGGUAGACCUGUUGGAGCACAGGAGGCUCUUCAGAUGGGUCUCGCAAAUCGUGUUGUCCCCAAGGGCCAGUCUCUUGAAGAGGCUACAAAGAUCGCGAAGCAGCUACUAGGAUUCCCUCAGCUCUGCAUGAACGUGGAUCGAUCAAACUGCUACUAUUCGGCUUACAACGCGACGUCUUUUGAAGAUGCACUGAGAAAUGAGUUUGUAAAUGGAGCUCCAGUAAUCACGAAGGAGAGUGUCAAGGGAGCUGCCCAGUUUAGCGCUGGGGCUGGACGGCAUGGUGUUUUCAAGAACGCAGACAACUCAAAUCUUUAACUACCAACUUUUUAGUUUACGUACAAUAUUAUCUAGCGCCCAAGGAUCUGAAUACCUCCUCCUGCAUCACAUCGCACAAGCUUCAUCCUUGUUUUGUCAAUAUCCCAAUGACAGCUGACGCAUGUGCUCUAUAUCAUCUGUCAAGACUGUAUACAAAGACAGUACAUGUACUAUUAGCAACUCCUGUAUUCCAACCCUUUACAUCAUUCGAGGAACCGGUUCGAAAUACGAUUCAGUGC